GGCCAACGAAUAUUAAAACCCCAAAGGGGACCUUAAAACCCCCCGUCCCAUCAAAAUCUCCACAAACGGAAAAUGGCGGAGGAGCCCGGCACGGCACCUGGGUCCGGCAGCCGGACAGUGAAGGAAUGCGAAGAUAUGAUUCGACGGAGUCUCCGGACUCCAAUGGUGAGAUUUUUGAGGGAGAAUUUGGAGAAAGCAGGGUGUGGUGUUAGUGAAAAUUUCUUCAAGGCUGUUAAUUGUGAUAAGAGUAUUGCUGGCGGUUAUGUUCGCGGAAAAGGGAUAAUGGUGUGUAGUAAUCACAUGAACAUUCAAGAUGACGUAAACCAAGUUAUUGCACAUGAGUUGAUUCAUGCUUAUGAUGACUGUCAGGCUGCAAACUUGGACUGGGCUGAUUGUGCACAUCAUGCCUGUAGUGAGAUUCGUGCUGGACAUUUAAGUGGUGAUUGUCAUUAUAAACGGGAGUUGCUGCGGGGUUAUAUCAAAUUAAGAGGUCAUGAACAAGAAUGUGUGAGAAGGAGAGUUAUGAAGUCAGUGAUUGCCAACCCGCAUUGCUCAGAAGCAGCUGCAAGGGAUGCCAUGGAAGCUGUAUGGGAUGUCUGUUACAAUGAUACACGGCCCUUUGACAGAGCUCCUUGAAACAGUGCACUUGCUUUGCCGAUCUACCUAUUGUUGCUCCGAAUCUUAUAUCUAAAUGAUAUUGGUGAUUGCAUUGGCCUGCAAAGCAUUAUGAACUGGAUCUUUCUGUUUGACGAGAAUACUCGAUUCUUUCAAAGGCUCGCAUUUUUUUUUAUGAGAUGCAAUGGUACCGAAAGGAUUUUCCUUUUUAAAAUGUUGCAACACAUCCAUGGUUGAGUAACCCAUCCAUGAUUGAUUUUCUUCGCAAUUCAGAUUAAAAAAAUGGAACUAAAGGUUUCUUUCUUUUUA